GAGCAGAAUACAGUGUUGCAGAAACCAUAGGAGUUGAGGGGAGAGUUGUCUUCACUGGUUAUUAGCGGCAUCCGAAAACGUCGACUUCACUCCAAUCACUAGCCCUGCCUUUGGCAUGAUGGAUCGCAAUCGAAGUCCACAAGGUGAAACUGCCCAGAUUCUUGUAGAAUUCUUAGAAGUUGCCAUUACAUCAGUUGUGUUCCUCAAAGGAGUUUACCCAAGUGGGGCAUUUGAAAGGCGGCGUUACAUGAAUGUUGUGGUUCAAAGAGCUAGACACCCGGAGCUUCAACAAUAUAUCCAUUCCUCUGUCAAUGGUCUUCUUCCUUUCAUACAAAAGGGAUUAGUUGAGAGGGUGGCGGUAAUUUUUUCUGAUAGCAACAAUGUACCUAUCGAGAGAUUUGUUUUCAAGAUAAAUGUGAACCAAUCUUAUGGUUCGAAGUUGGAGGAAGCUGAUCUGGAGUUCUCUCUUAAAUCAUUUUUGAUCAAGCUUCCUUUGUCACAAUCGUUAAUGAAGGUUCUUCCACCAGAUUGCAGGUGGGAGAUAACAGCUUACUUCCACUCUCUCCCACAGAGUGGUACCAGCAAAGAUGCUGAAAUUUGGGUCCCAACAGAUACUCAGCAGUGGCAACAAGCACCUCUUAUAACUCCUAUUAAGUCCAUGAGUAGUGAACCUCUAGGUGUUCAGCUAUAUCUUGAACAUCCAAGUCUCUCUGAACCAAAGGCAUAGAGGGAGGUCAUCUCAGAGGCAUUUGUCAUGGAUCUCUUCCAACAGAAUUAGUAAAGGUGUGCCAAUAUCUCAUGCUGGUGUGGUUCCUGACAUCUUUCCACUUUUCAUACCAUUCUCUUUUCAACCAUUAGCUAUUCGAAACUCACUUGCCUGACUUAUGCACAGGGACUCAAAGAAAACAUAGUUACGUCACCAGAUUAUCUUGUAAAGCUCCUGAUAUACAUGUUGAUCAGUUUUAUCUGAGUGCCCAUUAUCGUUUGGAAGUUCAUUUCCUUACAAUUACAGUGUAGAAUUUAAACUGGUUGGCCAAUCUAUUCUAAAAGUAUUCGAGUGUCAUAUGUACUCAACCUAUUUAUUUGAGUAUAUGAAUGAUUUUAAACAUUUAUUAUGUGAAUUUUGAAUUGAUUUUUUAAUUCUAUUUU